UGAGUAUUGAAGUAGUGGAGGAUCAGUGGAAGAGUAGAGGAGUGUUGUUGGAGGUGGGAGGUGCAGCGGCAGUUUAGUGCAGUAGCCGACCAAACUUCCUCCAUUAUGUCCGACGCUGAGGAUGAUUUUAUGUGUGAUGAUGAGGAGGAAUAUGACUUGGAAUACUCUGAAGACAGCAAUAGUGAACCUGAUGUUGAUUUAGAGAAUCAAUAUUACAACAGCAAAGCCUUGAAAGAAGAUGAUCCCAGAGCAGCUCUUACCUCCUUCCAGCGUGUCUUGGACCUUGAAGCUGGGGAUAAGGGCGAAUGGGGCUUCAAGGCACUCAAACAGAUGAUUAAAAUAAAUUUUAGACUGGGCAACUAUGAGGAGAUGAUGACACGCUAUAAACACUUGCUGACUUAUAUCAAAUCAGCCGUUACUCGAAAUUAUAGUGAAAAAUCCAUCAACUCCAUCCUGGAUUACAUAUCUACAUCAAAAAAUAUGGAGUUACUUCAAGAUUUCUAUGAAACCACACUAGAAGCCUUAAAGGAUGCUAAAAAUGACAGACUGUGGUUCAAAACAAACACCAAAUUAGGCAAGCUGUAUUUUGAUCGAGAAGAUUACACAAGACUCUCAAAGAUUUUGAAACAACUCCAUCAAUCUUGUCAGGUCUACAGUUGUGGAUGGCUGUGUAUCCAGACUGAUGAAGGGGAGGAUGAUUUGAAGAAAGGGACUCAACUCUUAGAAAUCUAUGCUCUAGAGAUCCAAAUGUAUACUGCUCAGAAAAACAACAAGAAGUUGAAGGCCUUGUAUGAGCAGUCGCUUCAUAUCAAAUCAGCAAUACCUCAUCCCCUCAUCAUGGGUGUUAUAAGAGGUAAGGAUAAUAUUGAUAAUACAUAUACUGUAUAUUGUUAACUUCCUUGGCAAUGA